AUGAAUGGCGUGAAUGGCGUCAAGACGAGUUACCUCAUCCGCUGGCGUGGCUAUCCAUCGGCGUGGGACAGCUGGGAGCCUAGUGCCCAGCUGAUUGUUGAUGUCCUGGGUCUCGUCGAGCAAUUUGACGAGACUCACCCGCUACGUUCGAAGAAGGUGCGUCGGAAAAUGACCUCCCCGAACGCGAUUACAGGGAUUGCUAAGUGUGAAUCCCUUCGGCCAUCUCAGACGAGAUGUGCGCCCUCCAGUAGGGAUCAUUAG